CCCCCACUUUAGGGUUUUGUAAUAAUUCCAUUUUCCUUUCUCUCUCUUCUGUUACUCAGUUAUUUUUGUUCUUUUAAUGGAAGAUCAGUACAACCCUAAUUUUCAUUAUCAUCAUCAUCAAGAACAGCAACAACAAGUUCAUGAUUUUCAAAUAAGUAGCGGUGGGAGUAAGGAUAUUGAUGUUAUGAAGGCCAAAAUCAUCUCCCACUCUCAAUUCUCUAAUCUCCUCCAAGCUUUCUUGGAUUGCAAAAAGGUGGGAGCUCCGGCGGAGGUGGCGGCGGAACUUGGGUCGGUAGGGGAGGAGUUUGAGGAGCGGCGGCGGUGUUCAAUGGCGGCGAGUGGGGGUUGUAGUGAUCCAGAACUUGAUCAGUUCAUGGAAGGUUACUAUAGGAUGUUGGUGAAGUAUAGAGAGGAGCUGACGAAGCCUAUUCAAGAAGCUUCUGAUUUCAUGGAGAGAGUUGAAUCUCAGCUCAAUACUCUCUGUAAUGGCUCCUUCCAAAUCUUAGCUUCUGAUGCAGCGACAGAAAAUCGCGACGGAAUGGGAUCAUCGGAGGAGGAGCAAGAGAAGGGCGGGGAAGGCGGAAGAGAUGCAACGGAACAGAUCGACCCACGAGCAGACGAGCGAGAGCUAAAGAAUCACUUACUAAAGAAGUACAGUGGGUAUCUGAGCACUCUAAAGCAAGAGCUUUCAAAGAAGAAGAAGAAAGGAAAGCUCCCAAAAGACGCAAGGCAGGAGCUGCUGAGAUGGUGGGAAGUGCACAGCAAAUGGCCAUACCCAUCGGAGGCAGAGAAGUUGGCGCUAGCGGAAUCAACUGGGUUGGAUCAGAAACAGAUAAAUAAUUGGUUCAUAAACCAGAGGAAAAGGCAUUGGAAGCCGUCUGAGGAUGUACAGUUGAUGGGUAUGGAGGGGUUUUACCAUCCCAACACUGCUGCUGCUGCUGCUGCUUUUUACUUCGAUGGGCAUUACAUGGGCGAUGCCCAUUACCGUUUGGGUCCAUGACAGGAAUUCAGCUCGCAUUGCUUCGAAGUCAGAGCUUGGUUUUAGCUGCUUAUCCUAUAUGGUAUGCUAACUCUUUUUUAGUCCCUAGUGAUUAUAAAACAGGAAAAAAAAAAAGGAAAGGGGUAAUAGUUGAUGAUAGGGUAUUUAUUUUAUUGUGUUUACUCAUAAUAUUCUGCCUCUCAUAUGGUGAAUAUUCCUAAAUGCAUGUCAAGUAAUAAUAUCCACCCUUAGUCUUACCAUUUCGUAUUCUGAUUCACAUUGGUUUUUUCUUAUUCUUUGAGUUUUAAAUGUUUUGUUCAC